GGCUCUGGGGGGGUCCCUACAUGGCAAGUAGGGCACCGUGGCUAUUUAAAUAUGUCUCAGAGAUGAGAAGACCCAGUGGAUAACUGAUCCACGCCCUGGCAGCGCAGCGUGGGUUCCUCCCAGCCCUUGGAUGGUGGGGGGAGGGGCUGGGCGCUUGGGUUCCAUCCCGGCUCUGGCGUCAAGCGGUCCCAGUUGCGGGGUCAGGGCUGGAUUCGGGAUGCCUGGGAUCCCGGCCCAGCUCGGAGGCGCGUGCAGUCUGGCGCGACAGCGGCCUGCAGGGUGGCACACCCGGGCGCCUGGGUUCCAGCCCUCAGCCUGCAGGGUGGGCUGCUCAGCUGCGGCUCAUUGCGCCCUCGGACUCCUGGGUUUCCUUUGCAGCUCUGGCUCCACCUUUGCCUGCCAGGCUUCAGGCCCCAUCUUCCCCCAGCUCAACUCCAGGGAGUCCUCCUCCAUAGUUUCCAUGGCAACCGCUCUUCCCCCUGCACCACCCUGUUCCCCAGACUGGAAUGGGCAGCAUGUGAUGGGGUGGCCAGCGCUAAGGUUUGGGACCUAGGUGUCAGGGCUCCCAGCUCUGCCUGCAGUAAACAGCAGGCCCCAGGCUCCUCUCAGCCCUGGGAAUGCGAACCUCGGGGUCCAGGCUCCCAGCAGCCCACCCUACAUUGCUGUAACCUCUUGACCCUACUGUCCUCCCAAAGCAGGGAGAGAACCCAGGCGUCCGGGCUCCCAGCCUCCUGCCCUAACCCCAGAGCCUCCCGGCCCCUCCCAAGGCAAGGAGAGGACCCAAGCUCCCAGCCCGGGUCACUUCUAUAUUGGUGGGAGAGAGGAAGAGCAGUGCGGUUGCACAAGCCUGGUGUGAGAUACUGAGCCAGGACCCCUCCCGAGCCAUGCAGCCUUCUAGCUACAGCCGCCAUAGGGACCCCACCCUGGAGCUGUGCCAGGGCCGGUGGGUGCCCCGACCUUGCCACAGGCCAGGCUCCUUGGACAGCUUUGAGGAUGAGGAUGAGCAGGAUUAUGUGAAUGUCCAGCCCAGCCAUGCUCUACCCCAGCUGCAGCCGCAACCUCCACAGGGAGCCGAGGCCAAGCCAGUGACCACACCAGCACCAGCACCAGGAGCUGCACGUGGGGGCUGCGGGAGGCGCCCAGCCAUGCUCUGGGCCCUGUUAGGCCUUGCCCUGCUGCUCUCAGCGGUCGCCUUCAUCCUGAGCCUCCUCAAGUGGCUCCCGUGCUGCCCUGCCGGCUGGGAUGGUUUCCAGGGCCAGUGCUACAGGGUCUUCACAGCGUCACAGAACUGGUCACAGGCCAGGGCCACCUGCCGGGACCAUGAUGCCCUCCUGGCCACUGUUCAGGGCCCUGCCGAGCAGCGGUUUCUGACCCAGAGAAUUGGGUCUGACUGGCACUGGAUUGGGCUGCAGCAGCUGAACAACAGCAGCACCACCUGGCUAUGGGAGGAGGGGGCCACAGUCUCCUACACGUCGUGGUGCCAGAGGUCACUCAGUGCCAGCAUCAGCCCUCAGCUCAGCUGUGGCUACCUCAACCCUCAGUGUGGUGGGGACUGGGGCAACACCAUGUGCCAGGCUUUGCUUGCCUUUGUCUGUGAGAGACCUGGGCCCUUGUGCCAGUAGCUCACAUGGGCAAGCUGGGCCUGACUGAGGGGUCCUGGGACACUCAGGACUCCUUCCCAUGCUAGUCGCUCCCGCAGGGCACAUUGAAGGGUACCCAGUGCCUGGCAGGAUAUGCUCCUCUCCCAAGUCAAGCUGUUGGGACAGACCUCAGCCCUUUGGCAUCAAGGGUGCGAGAGCACAGCUGGGGAUGAAACCCAGGAGUCCUGAUGGCUCUCACCCUGGAGUCCCAUGUCCCACCCAGGUAGAACCCAGGUAUCUGGGAUGCUGGCUGUCUUGGGGAGGGUGACUCUGGGCUGUGCCAGCUAGGU